AUGUACAACUUAAGGGUCAUAUUACUAUUGGCUUUGGUCUUUGUCGCCAUCGAGUCGCUGGCCGCUCAGACUAAAGUUGUGUAUCACUCCUUCUUCCAAUGUUCCGACAACACGCUCGCUGUCUGUGCCAACUCCUGGUCUCAUCGGAGCGGGAGCGGGUCUUAUGGCCUUGUCCAGGGUGCUUCCUAUGCCGCCGAUACGGGUUUGACGCAAAAGGAUGGAUCUUCAGCUUGGGAGGAUAAAUUGUGGUCAUGUGAUUACCAAGGCAAAUCUGGCGCAUUUUGUUGUGAAAAGAAAAUUCUCAACACUCAAGCUGAUGACUCAUCAUCACUUCAAUGGUUCUAUUUAAUCAGAUAA